AUGGCGACGCCGGGAAAAUAUACGACAUGUGUCUACUUUUUGGCUGUUUUGCUGUAUGAGUGCGGUGUUUCUUUGGCUCAAAGAAGAACUGCAGAAACUCAAGUAAACGCUGGACUUGAAAUAAAAUGUGGAGAAGUUAAUAUGAGACUAACAGUUAAACGACUGCUUUUCGAAGGCAGAGGUAUUCCGUUCAAACCUGAAAAUAUUCGACUGGGAGCAAAUUCAACACAGCAGGAGUCCUGUGGGCCGAAAGAACCGACGUCUGAAUCUGAAAUGGUCAUCAGUGUAGGGCUCCAGGAAUGUGGGACCAAGUCCAGUGUACAUGGUGAAUGGCUUUUGUACUCCAACCUGCUGAUGCUAUUUCCUGCUGUGGUUCCCAUCUAUACAGGCAGUAAAAUAGUGAAAGGGUCAACUUCUGUCAUACCUGUGGAAUGCUAUUAUAAGAGGAAGCAGAUAGUGAAUGGAGAACCAUUAACCCCAACCUGGUUACCCAUGACCUCCACUAUCAGUGUGUUUGGCCUUCUGCUCUUCUCUUUUCGUACCAUGACAGAUGACUGUACCUCGCCGCGUAGUUCCUCAGUCUACCAGCAGGGAGAAGCAGUGUUUCUGGAGGCCAAUGUGGAGGCCCCGCUGCACCCUCCUCUCACUUUAUAUGUUGACUAUUGUGUGGCUACACAGAAGCCUGACCCUUUCUCCUUGCCAAGCUACAAGUUUAUAACUAAGCACGGAUGUCUCAUAGACAGUGUAUUGCCUGGGUCAUCAUCUAAAUUCCUUCCUCGGGAGCAAGACAGCAGGCUAUGCUUUAGUGUCCAAGCCUUCCACUUAAAGCAGGCGUCUUGGGAACAGAUGUUCAUCAGUUGCCACCUUAGGGCUACUCUGAAACAAAACUCACACAGCCACCUUGAUAAAGCUUGCUUCUUCCACAGGCAAACAUUCAGCUGGCGUUCCAUAGAGGGAGACAAUGCUCUGUGUAAGUGCUGUGAUGCUAAUGACUGCUCUGGACAGACUGGAGAGGAGAACAGUGAAAAGAAGCACGAGGUGGACACAACAGUUGGGCCUCUUCACACUUUGCCACACUCCCAUUGGACAGGCCAUCUGUCAAUCACUUAA